AUGUCGGACGAAAUCGAUCGCGAACGUCGCACCGGUGGGUUUUAUCGCCGGGCGGCUAAAUUUCGGAGGGUGAACGAGGCCGGAGAUGAGCAGCCAGCGGGCCCUAGCCGAAAUGAUUCGUUUCCCCGCGAGGAAUCCACUCUGGAGCAGCCGGUGAUUCCGGCAGAGCCGAUACCGGUGGAUCCGGAAGAGCCGAUGCCGGUGGAUACGGAAGAGCCGAUACCGGUGGAUACGGAUGCUGAUCGGCUUUCCGAUUAUUUGGGCGAGAGCGACAGUUGUCAGGAGAACGACAGUGACGAGGAAAUUGAGAUGGAGCGCACGUUCGAGACAAUGCCGAUCGACGACGGGAUUCGCUAUUGGGCGUUGGUCAACAACGAAACGCACCGGUCCAUCAACAUGGUGUUGCAGCUUUUUCGAAGAGCAGGCGUUCGCGUGCCUCGAUCCGCCAAAACUUUGCUGCGCACCAAGAGACAUGCGUCUAGUGAAAUUGCUGAACUUGGCGGUGGGCACUAUUGGUAUAACGGGUUUGAGAAAACGUUGGCCAGUUAUUAUCGAUGUGAUGCUCCACCAGUUGAGCAGUUCACGUUGACGCUGUCGGUUGAUGGGUUGCCGCUGCACAGGAGCGGAGCAAUGCAAUUUUGGCCAAUACUUUUCGCCGUCGACGAGUUGCCGGCAGCUCCAGUAAUGACGGCGGCCAUCUAUUGUGGGCUCACAAAGCCCACAAGUAUCGAAAUGUACCUGCGCCCAGCGAUCAAUGAGCUGAACGGCCUUUUACGAAACGGUAUGCUUCUAAACGGGAAGCAUAUCACCGUUAAGGUUCGUGCCAUUGUCGCUGACACUCCUGCCAGGGCAUUUGUAAAAGGUGUGGCUGGUCACACCGGUUACUGGAGCUGCCAAAAGUGUACGGUGCGGGGAACAUACAAUCGAAAGGGUCGCACGAUGGUGUUUCCGUACGAGCGUGCCCCGAAGCGCACGGACCAGAGCUUCCGGGAUAAUGUUCCGGCGGGACACCGGAAGGGUGAUACACCGCUGCUCGAACUGGACAGGUUCGACAUUGUCGAGGACGUUCCUGUCGGUGACCGGCUUCACCUGCUGGACCUUGGCAACAUAAAGCGAAGUUUAAUGGGGUGGCGCGAUGGGAAACUGGGCAAAACACACUGGAAACCGAUUCAAUGGGAGCAGAUUUCGUCGUCGCUACAGCUUACUGCCCAGCCCUGUGAAGUGCACCGCAAGCUACGGCACAUAAAAUUUUUGGGCUACUGGAAGGGUUCCGAACAUGCGUUCUUUUUUCACUAUUGUUCCUUCAUAGUGUUAAAGGCGCAUGUUGAUCCUGCAGAGUACGAACAUUUUAUGCUGUUGUAUUGUGCCAUCACUUUGUUGUCUGCCAAAGCGCACAAAGAAAAGUGGCCACUUGCGGCUCUAAUGCUGGACAAGUACGUGAAGGACUUCGAAACGGUAUACGGGGUAAGGUAUAUGACCAGUAAUGUCCACGCUUUGUUGCAUUUGCACGAUGAAGUGGUUCGUUUCGGGUCAUUAUCUGCCAUUGCGACGUACCGUUUCGAAAGCGCACUCCAGCAUUUGAAGCGUUUGGUUCGCAGCGGCUGGAACAAUCUGGAGCAGGCGGUAAAUCGGCUUUCCGAAUUCGAAAACUUCAGUAUGCCAAAGACCCACGAGCAGACGAUCAGCUAUCCCUCCGUGCAAAGCAAGUUUGUCGUUAAGGUGUUCGUGCGUCCACGUUUCACCUUACAAACCACCUGGGGGAACGCAUGGUUUUUGACCAAGGACGGCAGCAUUGGCAAGCUGCAGUCUGCCGCUUAUGGCACGGAUGUUGAUGUAGGUAAAGUAAUUGUGAGAGGACAUAAACUAAACCGUAAAAUGCUAGCAUUUGACGGUCCUAUGAACUCGAGCGAUAUGUUUAUCUACAGAGGAUGCAUUCGAGACCUGUCGAGCGGUGUUGACCUCCAGUGUGCGACGGAGGAGAUACUUUGUAAGCUGGUGGUAACCAGACACAAAAAUAAGCAGGACCUAACGUUUGUGCCACUGCUGCAUACUUUUUCGGACGAACUACUGUGGUCCGAAUGA